UGGUGUGGGCGCCCUGAGCCCGCAGUGCAGAGCGGCCGGCGGCGCUGGGCGGGGGACCGAGCCGUGGCCUGUGCUCCUCUCCGUCCGGGGCCAGCAUGAUGACGCGCUUCGCUCUGACCGUUGUCCGGCAUGGAGAAACAAGAUUUAACAAGGAGAAAAUACUUCAAGGACAAGGAGUGGAUGAGCCUCUUUCAGAAACUGGGUUUAAACAAGCAGCUGCUGCUGGUAUAUUUCUUAAGAAUGUGAAGUUUACCCAUGUUUUCUCCAGUGACCUCACGAGGACAAAGCAGACCACGUGUGGGAUUUUGGAGAAGAGCAAAUUUUGCAAAGAUAUGGCAGUAAAGUACGAUUCAAGACUUCGAGAAAGGAAAUACGGAGUUGCAGAAGGCAGGGCACUGAGUGAGCUGAGAGCAAUGGCCAAAGCAGCCGGAGAAGAAUGCCUCAUGUUCACACCACCCGGAGGAGAGACCUUAGCCCAGGUGAAAAUGCGUGGAAAAGACUUUUUUGAAUUUCUUUGUCAACUGAUCCUGAAAGAAGCAGAUGAGAAAGGACAGUUUUCCCAAGGAGCUCCAAGCAACUCUCUGGAAACUUCUUUGGCAAAGACAUUUCCUUUAGGAAAAACCUGUGCCUCCGCAUGUAAUUCAGACAGCAGUGCUCCAGGGUUAGCGGCCAGUGUCUUAGUUGUGAGUCAUGGCGCCUACAUGAGAAACCUGUUUGAUUAUCUUGUGACUGACCUCAAGUGUUCCUUACCAGCGAGUGUGAGCAGAUCUGAACUCGUGUCAGUCAGCCCCAAUACGGGGAUUAGUCUCUUUAUCGUAAACUUUGAGGAAGGAAGAGAAGUCCAACCAACAGUUCAGUGUGUCUGUAUGAACCUGCAGGAGCAUCUGAAUGGAGUCACUGAAACUUGCUAAAUGUAAACGUACAUCAAAGGCUAACGGUGUGGAGCCUCUGAGGGAGUGCCUUUGACUCUGUUUCCAUCCUCUGCUGGUGCUGGUUUGGAAACACUUGAAAAGCUGUCUGUCAUAGCAGGUCAUAAAGCUCGAAUGGAAUCAUAGCCACAAAAAAACACUAAGGGAGAAUCAUUUAGGAUUGACUUAUUGUGUCUGAGUACAGUUGGCAUUUUCCGGAAUAAUUUUACACCCCGCAUGGUUGUGUCUCUGGCUUGUAAACGGAUGGAGGAACUCAGUAUUGCAAAUUGGGAGUUUCAUAACCUUGUUACUGUUUUUUUUCCUUUUUUUAAUUGAUAUUUUUCUUUAAUGUCUGAAAAAUCUAGCCUAUUUUAUUGGCUCUUGGUAAAAUACUGUAUGUUUUUUACGAUCCCGUCCAGUGCUGGCAAGAAGGAAGUAUUUAUAAUUCCCACUGCAUAUGUAUAGUGACAGUAUGUUAUAUUUAAAAAGUCCUUUAAAUGAAAAAUGCUUGCCAUCAUAAGUUUAUGUAAAAGCAAAAUGACACUAAAAUGUUUAAUAUAGAUAUCAGCUUUUGCAAUUUUUUACUCUGGAGGGUUUGAAAUGUGGAUGAAUGCAGAUUGUGAUCACAGAGUGGUCUUGUGAGGGAGAAGUUAAAGCAUAUCUGAUUAAAAAACAUUAAAGAAGGAGUCUGAGCAGGUUAAGAUGAAAGAGCAGAUCUUUCUGAUCUAACCUGCAGGCUGAAGAACUUAGUUUGAGGGAGACUCUAAAGAAAGCGAGCAGUUACUAGGGUACCUCAUGGUCACCCCAGCGUGAGAGAGGGCGCUUCCUUGAGAAGAAUGGCGGCCUGAGGACCGCGACUGUGGGUCCCCGUGGGAGGUGCAGAUGAGGUUGCCUCUUUUUUCCACCAGAUGGCACUGGAGAGAAGAGAUUUUGGUUCACUUAAUUUUGUAGUUCGAUUGGUCUCAAAAAUCCUCCCCUAAAUGCAGGAAGUGUUUUAGGUGCAUUUUGUUUUAAGUUAUCAUGUUGAUGACGCUGUGAAUCUCUGAAGUGGGUCAGCUAAGGCUCAAAUCACGUAUAGGCAAAAUUUACUUUGAACAUCAUUUAAAUCAUAUAUAAAAUUCAGUGUUAUGCUGUUCUCAGUGUCCACUGCCACCAGUUUCCUCCAGUGUUGGAGCAGAGCGCAUGUGGAGCCCCAGGGGAAGCAUGCUGCAAAAGAAAACUUGAAAAAUUACCAAAAAGGACAAAUAAUGAUAAAUGUCCGCAUUCCCACCAUCCAAAAGUAAUAACUCCCCACCUUUUUUUUUUUUUUAAGAAAUAGCACAUUGAGAUACAGGUGAAGUUCCUUUGACUAGUCCUCGCGGUCCUGUUGCCCUCUUGUGCCCUGCAGAGGGGACCACGGCACUGAGUCUGUGUGUGCGUUCACCCGUUCUUUACAUUUUCACCUAGUGUCUUAAGGAAAUGAUAUUGUUUUGGUGUUUUCAAAAUGUACAUAAACAUCAUCAAGCUGUCUGUGUUCUUCGUUUUCACCUGUUGUAUCUUGGAGCUCUGUGUUGGUGUGUAUAGAACUAGUUACUUAUAACCAGUGUAUUCUAUUGAAUAAAUAUACCACAUUUUGUUUAUUCUCCUAUUAGUGGAUGUUUAGGUGUAUUCACUGUUUUCCUAUAGAAACAGUGCUUCAGGGAACAGCCUUUGGCACCUCUCCUCAUGCUGUGUCAUAAAAAAUGUGCAUCUCCAGUUUGACAAAAGCCGAAUGGUUCUUCAAAAUGGCCGUCCUGUUUUUCAGCCUCACUAGCAGUAUUCGAAAGUUCCCAUUUUCCACAUCUUUGAUACUGUCUGAUGAAAUCUGGUUAAUCUGAUAGGUGAGAAACAUUAUACUGUUGUUUUAGUAAGCUUUUUUCUGUAAUUGCUGAUGAGUCUGGGCAUUUUUUCCUGUGUGUAUUGACAAUUAGUAUUUUCUCACGGUGAACCACCAGUGUAGAUUCCUUGCCUGGCUUUCUGUUGGACUGUGUGGCUUUUUCUUAGUGAGUUGCAGGGGUAACAUUGCAAAUACCUUCCAGCCUACUUGCCUUUUACAUAUGUUCAUCAUGCAUUGUUUUCACAUAAGUGUUUUUCAUUUUAAGUCAAACCCAUAUAUAUUGCCCUUUAUGGUUUCUGGGGUUUGUUUUGGUGUCUUUAAGAAGCCUCCUCUACCAUAAGGUCAUAUAUAAUCUCCUUUUUUCUUAAAGUUUUAGAGGAUUUUUUGAAUGCUAAAUCUUCAGAUUAUCUGGAAUUUAUUUUUGUGUGGCAUGAGGUCAGAACUGAGUUUUAUGUUUUUGUCCAUGUGGUGAAACAGUUACCCCAACGCCAUUAUUGGGAGUCUCUCCUUUCCUAGAUAACUUGCAGUUCUCUGUUCAUACCCCCACGCGCCCAUGUUCGCGGGAGUCUGUCUGUGGACUUGAUUCUGUUUCAGUGAGCUGUGUAUACCCAUGACAAUGUCAUCUUAGAUACUGUAGCUUUGCUGCUGAGUACCUUGUCGGGUGAGUACCUUCUCUUGUUCAUUUUUCUAGUUGUAUUAGCUGUCUGUGCGUCUUUUUUCUUCCGUAUACAUUUUAGACUCAAUCAGUCAAUUUCCAGAAAAAUUCUGUUGCAAAUUUAAUUGGUAUCACCUGCCUUUGUUUAUUUAUCUAGUCAUUCAAGAUAUAUUUUUUGAGCAUGGCACACACAUGCCAGACUAUUAUAAGAACUAUGAGAGCUAUUAUAAGAACUGCAAAUAUAUAGCAGUAAGCAAAAAAUAGACGAUGUCAUGUCCCCAUCCUUGUGGAGCCUAUAUUCUGUCAGGGAAGACACGUAAAUAUAUAACCUGUGAGAGUGUGGUCUGUGCUGUUGAGAGAAAUGAAGUGGGGCAGGAGGAAUCGAGACUGGAGGGAGGAAGGCUGCUUAUCCAGGGUGAGCAGGGAUGGAUUUUCUAAAGCGACGCUGGAGUACUGAGGGCGUGACUGGGGAAGAGCUCCCCAGACAGGGAGCAGGGCGAGCGAGGCCUGAAGAGAGAUGAGGCUCUGAUAUUCGGCCCGGGCCAGGGGAGUUGGGAGAGUGACAGGAAAGGAGGGCAGGGAGCUAAGGGCAUGGGAGAGUGGCGUGGCCUUGUGGCCUAUGCUAAGGACUAGGGGGUCGUUGUUGAUUGAUUUAAGUCUGACCCGACUGGGCAGUGACACGGGAAAGGUUUGUUGUCAGAAGACCUGCAUUCAAGUUCUAAGCCUUAGUAGUUUCUUGGCUGAGCACGUCUCUUCCUGUCCCUGAGCUGCUGUGUCCUCUUGUUAAAUGGAGAAUAAUUAUAGUGAUGUAUGUAUGGGUGUGUGUGUGUUUUGAUAACCUUUUGGUUUUGAUAUGUUAAACCUACAGAAAAGUUGCCAGAAUAAUCCAAGAAACUCCAGUAUAUCCUUUCCCUGGAUUCACCACUUGCCUACGUUUUGCCCCAGUCGCUUUGUCAUUCUCUCUCUCUGCGUGAUUUCCCCUUGAACAGUUGAGAGUAAGCUGGGAGACUUGGUGCCCUUUCCCCCAACAAAAUCUCAAUGUGAGUUUCCUGAGAUCAAGGAUGUUCUCGUGUAUAGCCACAGGAUAAAUAUCAAAAUCAGGAAAUUUGACAUUGAUGCAAUCUGUUCUCUAAUCCACAGACCGUAUUGAAAUAUUGUGAUUAUUUCAUUGAUGUUCUUUAUGGCUAUUUUUUUCCAGUCCAGCAUCCAAUCCAGGGCUGUGUCCUGCAUUUAGUUGUCAUGUCUUUUUAUUCUCCUUUCGUCUAGAACUGUUCCUCAUCCUCUUUUUGUC